AUGGAAAAAGCAUCAAGCCCGAAAAAAUGGCAAGCCAAAGUGUCAGUUACGCUCACAAAAGGAAAGCCAAACCAAAUCUGGCUUCUCUUUACCGAUUUCUUCAAUUUCAACAAGUGGCUCCCAACACUGACCACGUGUCACGGCGUCCACGGCAUCAACGGUGAACUCGGCUGCAUCAGAUUCUGCUCCGGCUCUUCCAUACGAUCCAACGGCGUCGAAUCCACCGUGGGAUGGUCUAGGGAGAAGUUGGUGGCCGUUGAUCCCGUGGAGCGAGUGAUGAGAUACGAGAUAGUGGAAAGUAACAUUGGAUUCGAGUCAUAUGUCUCGACGGUGAGGAUAUUGCCAUCAGACGAAGAAGGUUGUGUGAUUGAGUGGGGUUUCACUGUUGAUCCCGUUAGAGGAUGGUCUCUAGAUGAUCUGGUGAAGAAGUAUGAGAAAGCACUUGGAAUAAUCGCCAAGAACAUGGAAGAGGCUUUGACAUGA